AUGAAAUCAUUUAAUUCAUUUCUGAAAUUACUUCACAUCUAAUGGGAAUAAAUAUGUAGUGAUGAUAUUUCAGAUUCAGUAAGGGAUAAACUCAAAUCCACUCUAUAAAAUCAAACUAUAUUAGAAUCGAGGUUUAUUUCGUUAUCCAAAACGAAAAGUGAGAAUCCAUAAGAAUAUGAAAGCUUUUUUGCUUAAGAGAGAGACUCCCCAUUCUUUUCAACUUAUUUGCUCAUAUGCACCGUUAUCAAAGAAUACUAUUCGUAAACUGAUAACAUGUUGAGUGAAUUGUCACCAAGUCUAUUAAGCUCUAGUUCAACUUAAUAAUAGAUAACUAUAGAAUCAAUCAUAGACUGUAUGGAUAAUCUUCUUUAUGAGUAUGAAAAAUUAACAGAGAUCAAUUUAAUUGUGAAAUAAGUCCUAUUUGAAGUAUUUUAUUAGGUUGGGGGAAAUUUCACAAUCUUUGUAAAGAAUUUGAUGCUUAAUAAUGAUUAGCAAAAUUUGGCUUAAAAAUAUGUAAAGGCAUUCAUUAAUUUAUAAAAACUCUUAAAAUUGAAUAUAUCUCUAAAUUUUAAAGAGAAACAAAAGAUACUCCCUUUUAUUUAUUAAAUGUUAUUAGGAAAUACUUUGUAUUUUGCCUAUUUAGAUGAAAUUGAAUAUUAGAAAUUCAUGAAUAUUUUUGAAUUAUUUUAAUAAUGUUUUUUAGAAAAUUACAAACAAUUACAAGAGCUAAGUGAUAUUGAACAAUUUUAGGAGGUGCCAUUUUGUUAAGUUUAUUCAUAAUGUUUAAAAUAAAAAUAUCAAUAAUAGUAUUAUUCUGAAUUUUUACAAUCUAAUGUAUCUAGAUGGAUUGAUUAGAUCAAGGAGUUUAAUGAUGUCAAUUAUUAUUUGAUUUUCAUUUAUUUAAUUUAAGCAAUAGAGUUUGUAGAUAUCAUCAAUCUUGAUCUUGAAAUAAUUAAAAUAAGAAAUCUAUAAAUUAUAAAUUUGAUAAAGUAAAAGAAUAAUAGAGUUGUUGGUCAUCUAUUUAAUCAGAUAUUAUAGAAUCCAAAAUUAUAAAGUCAUAUGUAAAUUUUUGAUGAAAUAUUUUAACAUUAAAAUCAUGAAACUAAAUUAAUCUAUUUUAAAUUGAUUGGAGAACAACUCUUAUAGAUAAACAACACCUAAAUUAUAGGCUAAUAUCUUUGCAUUCACCUAAAUGGAUUAAAAGAGUUUAUUAAUGUCAACAAUCUAAGUACCCAACAACUUAUUCAAUUUAUAACAUAUUUAUGCAGAUAUUACAAUCACUUUAACCAAAAUCAAAAACGAGAAUUCGACACUUUGAUUAUUUAGUUUUAUUCUCAAGAAAUCAAGGAUGAACAAUAUUACAAGAAAUUUGAUUAAAAAAUCUUAUAGUUGUUAGAAGAUGAAUAAAUUUAUUAAUAAAUUAUCGAUAUUGCUAUUAAGAAUUCCUCAAAAAGCAAACAACAUAGUUAUGGUUUCUUGGUUUUCAUUUAAGAUGUAAUUAAAUUCUAUAUUAUAUUAGUCUAUUUCAUUCAAUUCUGAGAGCUUACCUCAUAUUCUCAAAUUUAUACAGUUUUUAAUGGGUUCAUGUAAGAUAAACAAGAAAAAGUAGAAUAAGAGAAAUAUCAAUUAUAAAAAAGGAAAGGGAACAAGAAUCCUUGAUUUUCUAUUGUCCAAUAUGAGAAUUUUUAUAACAAUAAUAAAGAAUGUUUAUGAUCUAAUGAUCAAGGAAUCUAAUUUGAAUGCCAUCGAAAAAUAACAUCAAUUAUAUACGGAAAUCUAUCAUAAAAUCACAUAUAUCAUAUACCUAAUAUAUUGGUUGAUUGAAGAUAAGAGCAUCUUAAAUUCAGGAGGCAUUUAAUAAAUCAGUUUGGAAUUAUGUCAGAUUCAUUAUAAAUUAACAAUCAACUUAAUAGUCAUUCUCCAGAAAACCAACAAUCUUUCAUCAAAUACACUUUACUAAAUAAUUAAUAAUAUCAAUUCUAUUGCUCAUGGAUAUGAUUAUAUCAAUUAUAUUAAAGAUUCUUAUUUUGAUAAGAAUAAUAAUUUAGUAAAUCCUUAAGAGGUAUUUGAAUAAUUAAACGAAAAAAGAGUUCAAUUGAAAUUGAUUUUUAACAAAUUCUAUGAAACAAGUUUAAGUAUACUAUUUGAAGUGCCAAAUAUCACAAUAGAUAGAACAUUUUAUUUACAAAUUUUAAGAUUUCAACUAAAAACCCAGAUUUCCCUUGUGCUUUCAUUUACAGAUUUCUGUCCUAAGUUUAUUUUCUAUUUCAGAAUUGAAAGAGACCCUGAAGUAAUCAGUCUAAUGAAACAAUGUGCAAUUAUUGUGGUUUCAUUGAACUAAGAUCCAUAAAUAAUAAAAUAACUAUUUGAAACACUAAGUUAUCAUUAAUCCACAAUAUUGAUGAACGACCUCGAUGAAAUGUAAUUAGAUGCAAACGAUAAGGAUGAUAUUUAAUAAGCAUAUAGAUUGGCAAACUUAUCACCUUAUCGAAUUCCUUUAUUGCUUUAGAGUAGUCUUUUAUUAAGAUUGGUGGAUGAUAAAAAUUAUUACAUCAAAGUUGUUAAGAUAGUUUUAGAGAUUUUUCUAUAGGUUUACUAAUAGUGGCAGGAAAUUUUGUAAUCCCUAUAAAAAUAAUCAAAUCUUUUAUAUUUUUAAGGUGGAUCAUCAUCUAUUCAGGUUAAUUUGAACCCUGUUAUACCCAUUCAAUUAAUCGAAAUGAGAAUGAAAUUACGACUUAUUAUCCAGGAAAAUGAAACUCCGAGUAUGUAAUAUUUGGAUAGAAUGAGUUUUGGAUCAUUUUUAGUGAAUUCUGAAUAUGUUGGUAAAUUGAUCAUAUUUACAUUAAUAUUUGCAAAAAACCAAGAAAUUCAAAUAUCAAUUAAUAAAUAGAAAUUUAUCAUCACUUAUAAAUAGGAUGAAUAGGAUUAGGAAGAAGGGAUCUCAAUCAAAUUCGAUUUGUCAUAAUGGUUUAACUUGAAUUUUUACAUAAAAAAUAAUAAUAAUAAUCAAUAAAUGAUACUUGAGAUUAAUGAGACUAAAUAUUCUCUAUAAUUCAAACUACCACAGAAUCAAAUACUUUAACUUAAUUAAUUCGUUUUGGGAGUUACAUUGAAUUUUGAUAUAGAAUAAUCACAACAGAUGAAUAAAAAACAAAAGUUCUAAACUUAAUUCCUUGAUUCUUUUAUAUUUUUGAAUUAAUCAUUUGAUGGAUAAAUAUCAGAAUUCAACUUUAUAAUAAAUGACUAAAAAAUCAAGUUUGAACAAUCUAGCAAUACAAAUCUAUAGAAGCAAACUAGAAAUUUUAUCAAUUCAGGAGUCAUAAUUGAAGAGGAAAUUGAAUUUGAUGAUAUUUUUUUGAUAACUCCUUGUAGACAGAUUCAACCUAUAAUGUGCAGUCAGAAUGUCUAUAUUUUGGAUAUGAAAAAAGGCCUUGAUUUCAUACAAAAGUCAGGAGGGUACAAUGUCUUUUAUAUGGCAUUGGAUGUAUUGUAUGCUGUAUAUGAAAAUACAAAUCUAAGUGAUUCUGAAGAGAUUUUGAUUUUGAUUUUGAAAUUGUUUGAAGAAGACAUAUAAAGAUAAGCUUCUUAGGUGUCUAGAUUUGUUGAUUCUAGAAAUCUAAAAAUUUUUGAGGAGCAUUGCAAAUAAUGGAUUUAAAUAAAUUCACAAGUUUCAGACUACUUCAUUAAAUAAUUGUUAUCGAUUUUUUCCAAAAUAGGUGAUGAGAAGACCUCUAUUUAGUAUUUAGUAACUGUUAUAAAGAUAUUAGAUAAUAAAAUAACAACUGUUGAAUAAAUGAAAUUGGUAUUUAAGUCAAUAGUAAUUCAGACAUUACUCAAGCCAGAAAAUUUAAAUUAAAUAAUAAAUGUCCAACUAUAUUUUGAAAGCAGAUAAAUAUUUACUUAAGUUUCAUUAACAAAGGCUAAACCUUUCAUCAAUCUGGAUUCAAAUAAUUUAUUUUCACACUCCUUGACUAAAUGCAUUCAAUAUUAAGGAGUUGUGCGGACAGUAGAUUUUCCUCGCCUUUCUGAAUUUUUUAAUUUGCUAUUAAGUUAAGAAUAGUUUAAUCUAUUCACUUUAGACAUAUUAUAAAUAAUAGAGGUAUUGAUAGUAGAUUUAAUGAAAUAAAAAAGUAAAUUGAAAUCAGAAGAGGACAAUCUAUUAAACACUUAUAAAAAGAAUAUUGUAUAAAUCUUAGAUAAGUAAAAUAAAUUCCAUACAAUAAAUUAAUAUUUUAUGUAUGAAUCAGAGGUAUUUGACAAAUUGUAUGAAUUAACUUUUUCAAUUUAUGUUUCAAUAGUUUAAAAGUAGAGAGUUAAUUCAAAAAAGGAUUCUGAAUUGGGGUCAUUGUAAAUUUAUUAUGAUUAUUUUUCACCUCAAACAUAAACAGAAGUAGGGUACUUUUUUAUUUCGAAAAUACUAUCAUUAAUAAGUCAAAAUGAGAAGGAUGAGCAUUUAAUUCAUUAAUUAUUGAAGUUUUUGAAUUAAUUGUAUGCAAAUCAGCAGAUAAAGGAUACCAUGAAGGAAACCUUGACUAGUUAUUUUUUGGACGUAUUCAAGAAUGUUGUCUUAAGAAAAUAGUAAUCAGAAAUUUUAGUAAUGAAUCUGAUGCAGUUUUAAGAUUUUGCUUUGUUAAUGAAGCAUCUGAUGCCUCAUUCUAUAAAUAAGAAGUAAAACUCUUCGGAAUUGUUCACUUAUUUCAUAAUAUAUCUAAUAGAGAUAUAUCCUAAAUGCACAAGUGAGAUUUUAUAUAAAGUUCACAUUGAAAGCAAUUUGUUCAAUAAAGAUAGUUUUAAUUCGUUUCUAUAAGCCAUAUAUCCCAUAAUAAUACAGUUUUAUGCAAUGAAGUAGGUACAGUAAUUUUAAGGAUAAGAGGACGAGAGAAAACUAAUAAGUAUUAUAACAGCAUAUUUACAUAUUGAAUAAUGCUUUGGGGAGAUAUCAGAUCAGGAAUUUGUGAAUUGGAAUCUGUAUUCAUAAAUAAUGGACAAAGGGAUUGAUCUCUUUAAUUAUUUGGAUAUUUUAUUCUAUGAUCGCAAUUUCGAUAUGCCUAACAUUGAAGAUAAUUUUAUUUGGGACUCUGUCAGAUUAGAGUUUGAGAAAUAAAGAAAAUAGUGCAAUAGAAUUCUUCCCAAUGGAGGCAUAAAAAGAUUAAUGAGACAAUUGAUAGCACCGUAUGUUAGAGUUCCAUAGAUGAAAAAACCAAUAAAAAAUUAUCUAUCUAUUAACAAAAAGAAUUGCUUAGAUGAUAAGAUUGACUAAUAAAGUUGUUUAUUAGUAAAAAAAUUAAUAGAUAAAGAAUUCUCAGCUCCUCUUUUGUAAACAAAGAAAAUCUAAUUAAAAAACUACAAUUAGUUGUUUCAAGAUGCUGGAUUUUCGAGAGUUAAAUAAAAAGAAACUAUAGUAAGGAAAUCAAGAACAAGAAAGCAUUCUAGUUUUUACUAGAGUUUAAUUUAUUACUCUCUUUCCUAAGAUAGUUCAUUUGAUGAGACUUAAAUUAAGAAGUAAGAAUUAUAUUAUUUACAUAGUCUACAAGAAAUAUUUGAAAAGUAUUAAUUGACGAAAUUAUAUGAAUGGAAAAAUGUGAAUCAAAAUUAUGUUGAAUGUUUAAUUUAUUAAUAGGAGGCAUCUUAAGAUUAGAUAUUAAUGGCUUUAAAUUAACUGAAUAAAAUUAAAUUAGAAAAUAAAUAGAAUAAUUUAAAAUCAUUACAAAAUACAUUUGAUUUGUAAUAGAUUGAUCAAAUCAGAGAGGAUACUGCCUACGCCAUUCAAUAAAGUAUAUUUAUGGAUUUUCAAAUAUAUUACCAAUUCGUUCAUAAGCUUUGGUUGUUGUUUCCUAAGAUAGCUGAAUUUAAUGAGAUGCCAAAGACAUAAAGUAAUUUAUCAGCACAUCACCAUUCAUCCUUCUCCGAAAUGAGUAUACCCAUAUUUAGAGAUUCCGCUAAGAAAUAUUGGGAUAAAGAGUGUCUUGAUUUGAAGUAAAGACAAGGCUUAUGGUUUUUUGUAGAUGACUAUCUUCAAGUUCUCUAUUAAGAACUCAAUAAUUUUAUCUCCCAUCAAGAAUUUAAAUUUGAAGUUUUGGAGAAUAUGCAAAUGAAAAUGUAGGUUUGUCAUUUGGAAGAUAUCACAAGAAGAAGACCUCAUUUAACUUAAAUAAAAAUGAAAAACUUUUAUAAACCAUACUUAAAGACUGGUAAUUAAGCCAGAAAGAAACUAAUUACUCUGGAGGAAUCGAGCAUAGACAAGAGUAAAUCGAAUAUCAACACUUCAUUUACAAUUUUAUUGUAAAAAUCAGAUAACAUAGAAGAAUCAUUGAGUCAAAGUUUAAUUAAGAGAGCUAAACGAAGAUCAUCUAUUAGAUCGGAAUAACUAAUAUCAAAUCAAGCUAGUGCAACAAUUUCAAGUUUUAGAAAGGGAUCAUCAGAUAGUAAUUAAUUAGUAACUGCCAAAUAUUUUUGUGAAUAUAUAACUCAAGAAGCAGCCUACCAAGGAGUGUUGAGAUUUAAUGAUAAGAAUCAAUCUCUUAUAUUCAAAUCAGAAAAAAUUGAUAUAAAAGAACUAUUUACUAGUCCAGAAGUUAAAUAAACAACUGAAGAAAUAUUCCUGGAAAUAUCUCUCUCUCAGAUUCUUAGUGUGCAUCCAAAGAGAUUUUUAUUAAAUGAGAUUGCUCUUGAAAUAUUUCUUCAUAGACAGAACUUCUUUUUCAAUUUGUAUAGAAAUGAAAAACUACAAGAAUUAGUGUCAGAAUUAAAGAGAAAGAAAGUCUAAGUAGUUGAUCCAAUUGAAGAAUUCAAGAAAAGGAAUUAUUAAUAGAAUUGGGUUGCAGGAUAGUUAUCCAAUUUCCAAUAUUUAAUGUUAGUAAACACAUUUUCAGGAAGAACAUAUAAUGAUUUAAGUUAAUACUUCAUAUUUCCUUGGGUUAUUUCAAAUUACAAAUCAUAACAAAUUGAUUUUGCAUGGAGAAAAUAAGGAAAUUAACUUAGAAAUCUUAAAUUGCCUAUGGGUGCAAUAUCAAAGAAAGCUGAAGAUAUCUUGAAAGAUUAUAAGGAGAGAGAUCUAGAUUGCAUUGAUGAAAACUUCAUGUAUGGAUCCCAUUACUCAAAUGCUGCAAUUGUUUUCAACUAUUUAAUAAGAUUAGAACCUUUUAAUGAACUGCAUUUUUCGUUAUAAAAAAGUAAAUUAACAUCAUUAAUCAAUAGAUAAAUUCGAUGUGGCAGAUCGAUUGUUCUCCAAAAUAGACAUCCUCUGGGACAACAGUGUAAAAUAAGAUAACAAAGAAUUGAUUCCUGAAUUUUACUAUAUGCCUGAAUUUCUAAGGAAUAUGUAAAUUCAUUUGUAUACUUAGAAACUUCUUCGAUUUUGGCACAUUGCAAUCGCAAUCAAGAGUCACUGAUGUGGAAUUACCCAAAUGGGUCAAGACCUAGACAGCAGAAGAGUUUGUGUAUAGAAUGAGAUAAGCAUUGGAGAGUGAUGCAGUGUCUAGUUAAUUGAAUCAUUGGAUUGAUCUGAUAUUUGGAAUCAACAAUAAUGGAUAAAAUGCAGUGGAUAAUGUGAAUGUCUUUCAUUAUUUGACAUAUGAAUAAAACCUACAAAUGAUUUUAAACAAAAAUGAAGACCAUGGAACCAUUCAAUCAUACUUAACUUAGGUGUAUUAUUUUGGUUAAACCCCUAAAUAAUUGUUUCAGAAGGCUCAUUAGAAAAAGAAAUACAGUUUAUCGUUAUAUGCAAAUUAGAUCCCCUACUUUGGUGACAAUCCGAAUAAAGCAAAUAAGGGGUUCAUCUUUUAAUCAAAGCUUGAUCAGGACAGAUCGUCAAUACUAGGAUUUUACCCUUAUUCGAAGAAAUGCUUUUAUAUUCUGAAGGCUGAUAAUGACAAAUAUAAUCAUCUAACCUUAUUGGAGACCAAACAGCAAGAAGAGGAGGGAUACUAUUAUUUUCAUUGCCAACCAAAACAAUUGGUGAAGUUACCUGAGAUAAAAGUGGAUGGAUGCAAUCCUUAGAAUAUGUUUACUUUCAUUUAUGAAUAAGAGCAUUCUUUUGGAGAUGGAUUCGACUCUUAAUUUUAUAGUAUUUACGAGGAGAAACAGAAUUACAAUUUGUAUUUCUGUUUGGUAGGAUUCUUAGAUAAGAGUGUAAAAAUCUAUGACCUUAAGAAUAAGAUGACUGAACUCAGAAUAGAUGUUUCAAUUUCAAAUGCUAAGAGAUAAAAAAGGGCAUCUUGUGUUAGAUACCAUGCCGUAACUAAGAUUUUAGCUGUAGGGUCAUUGGAUGGGUUGCUUUAAUUAUUUUAACUCCAAUUCGGAUAAUAAAUUUAAGCAAAGGGAGUUCUCUCAAAGUAAUUAAGGAAUGGAAUUGUGAGUAUAGAUUUAACAGAUUUAAACAUUUUAACGGUAGAUCAAAAGAACGUAGCGAAUCUGUUUACUUUGGAAGGAGAGUAAUAUUUAUAUUAUAUUUUAAAGUUUAUUACAAACAAUUUAAUUGGAUAACUCAGAUAAAAUUAGUCAGUGUUGCAUCUAGCUUCAUUUUCUAGUGUUUAAGAGUUCAAACUCUUAAAUUUCAAUUUACACAAUAAAUGGGAAAUAGUAUUUGUAAACAAUACAAUUAAUGGACAAGACUUCCAAGAACAUCUUGUUCACAACUCCCUUCUCAUCUAAAUUUGUAUAAGUUUAUUUUGUUAUCUAAGUUGUUGUAUUCGUUGAAUUAACAAGGAGAAGAAAUAGUGUCUAGGAGUGAUCCUUUUAUUUAUUAUUUUGACAUAUUUGACUUGAAGUUACAGCAACAACAAUUAGGAAUAUUGAAAUGUGAUAAGAUCCAUGUCCAGAAGGGAAGCCAAAAGGGGAGCGGAGUCUCAGCACUUCAUAUUAGCUUUGAUAGAUGUCUCAUUACAGAAUAGAAUGAGAUUAAACACAUCUAUUUGAUUGCCAUAGAUAAUCAGAUCUUGUUUUACUUGGAUGAAUAAUAUGGUAUGAUAUAAUAAGAUGUAAAUAGAUUAAAGGCUGGUACUCAGAUAAAAAUUGAAGGAAGGAGGACUCUCUAUAAUUUGA